ACGUCACACCGGACUUAUUCAUACCUUAAAAGUUAAGAAACUACUCACAUCCUUUGCAAAACCACAUCCUCCUAUUACGAGGAAAAUAGUCGGCCUUAGCUUUAAUCAUAUAGAGUAUACGUUGCAGUUCUUUUUGAGUAUUUGAAACGUAAGCACACUAUUGCGCAAAAACACGUAAACGACUACAUCAAGUUAUAUUUUUAUGCGUAAAAAGAAUAUUGUGAUUUGUUGAAGUAUAAAUGAAGUAAUCGUUAAAAGAAUGGAUGACAAUCCAAAUCGAAUAAAACUGAUGUUAGCAAUAGAGAACGAUGAUAUUGAAAAAGCAUUAGAAAUUUUAAAGGAAGAUAACAGCAAUGAACUUCUUCAACCGGUCGGAUUGCUUAGAAUCACCGUGGUACAUUUGGUCGCUUGGAAGGGUCAUUUAAAUUUGUUGAAACAACUUUACGAAAGAGGAGCUAAUAUUAAUACUUCCGAUAAAAUUGGUAGAAGUGCCUUGUUUUAUGCCGCGCAUGCUGGUCAUCUCGAGGUUACCCAAUGGUUAUUAAAACAGAACAGCUUAAAAGAAACUAAAAUUGGCAUUGAAUUCUGCUGCAGGAGGCACGAUUUACAAAAACAAUCAACGGAUAGAGUCGAUAGUCUCAUUGGUCAAGACCUGCCGGUACCAGAAUGUUGCGGUAGAACUCCUUUGCACCAAGCAGCAAAGAAUAAUCAUUUGGAUGUAGUGAAAACUUUGGUGAAAGCCGGUUCAAACGUUAACGCACAAGACGAGCGUGGUAAUACAGCUUUGCUUUUAGCAGGAUAUAAUGUGAAUUCCAACGACGUUAUCGAGAUGUCGAAUUACGUUGAAAUUAUCGACGUUCUCGUUUCCGCGAAAGCUUCAACCAAUGUCAUAGAUUUGAAAACAGGUUUAACGGCAUUGCAUCAUGCAACAAAAUUGGGUAGUCCAAAAGCGGUAAAAAUAUUGCUCGAUGGCAACGCAUGGCCUCUUUUUCAAUGUAACGACACGAAGAGUACUCCCCUUCAUGUCGCAGCAUCCGAUGGAAACUUGGAAAUCUUAAUAAUUUUACUUAAAAAAAUACAUCAGAAACACAUUGACAUACGCGACAAGAAUGGUCAGACAGCUCUUUAUCGAGCUUGUUAUCAAAGUUAUCGUGAAUGCGCUCGAGUUUUGAUUGACCACGGUGGCAAUUUAUCGGCAGAAACGAAAAGCGGUGUCACCGUUAUUGACGCCGUGUUUGCCCACAUUACAAGUCCAAGAUCGUUUCUAUCGGACAUUAUGGAUGCUUGUGUUCAAUUAAUCAGUCAUGAAAAUAUUGGAGAAGAUGCUCGCAUCUCCGUCGACUUCAGCAUUCUGGCACCCCAGAGAGAUCUUCAAACCAACGUUAUCAUAGCUUUCAUAACUGCAACUUCGAAUGUCGAAAAAUUGGCGAUUUUGCAGCAUCCAUUGAUCGAGACGUUUCUUUGCUUGAAAUGGGCCAAAUUGCGUUUCUUUUUUUUCCUUUAUUUCCUCUUUUACGUCUUUUUCGUUCUCUCCUUAUCAAUCUUUGCCAUAACUCUUCUUCGAAAAAGUAAUUAUUUCAUACCACAAAUCAUACUUUUCUUUUGUUCAACCAUAUUGUUACUUAAUAACAGUAUCCAGGUUUCGUUGUUACCAAGACAUUACAUGAAACAAUUCGAAAUAUGGUUGUCCUUCAUAAGCGCUGCAUUAUCGUUCAUGGCUUGCAUGAUCGUCGAUAAUCACCAGUUCAUCAUCAUAGAUACGAAAAAUGAAAUAUCUACUCCCAAAUUUGUGUUACAUCUCAUCAGCAUCGCCAUUUUACUGGGCUGGAUAGAAAUGAUGCUGCUGAUAGGACGUUUUCCAACUUGGGGAUAUUACGCUCUUAUGUUCUCAACAGUCUUGUCGAAUAUCUUAAAGGUACUCCUAGCAUUCACCUGCAUGAUCUUUGGAUUCGCAUUGAGCUUUACCGUUUUGUUCUACGAGAACGAACAGUUCCAUGAUUGCUGGAAUUCCAUCGUAAAGAUCAUAGUAAUGAUGAUGGGCGAAUACGAUUACACGGAUCUUUUUCCAAACAAUACCAAGACUGAUAAGUUUUUUCUAACUUUUACCGCUAAGGUCAUCUUUCUUGGCUUUGUAUUACUCAUGAGUAUGGUUCUAAUGAACCUGAUGAUCGGCCUCGCCGUCAACGACAUCCAAGGUUUACAGAAAAUGGGCCACAUUCGUCGAUUGCUCAAACAAGCUGAAUUCGUGGCACAUUUGGAGAAACUCACGUAUGAUCAACUUUUUAAAAGCAAUUUGUUACAUCCUUGGUUUAAGACAAUCGUCAAUUCAAAACGCUUAGUGCCAACGAAAAUUGUCCUGAACUAUCGUGACAAUAAUCUUUGCAAAUCCUUUCGUGGAAUAUCUCUUGAAUUAAUGGAAUCGUUGUUUCUUUUAGCCUCGAAGAAUAAUCAGCAAGAUAAGAGUAAUCUAAUUGGCUUCAAAUCACGUUACACUGGAACAAAAGUAAUGUCUUCGUUAAUUAAUUUGCAAGAACAAGUUCAUCAACUACAGAAACUUCGUAAACCGUCUAUUUCUGGAAAACAUUUGAAAUUACGUAGGAAACGAACAGUGGGUAAGAAAAUUGCCACCUAAUAGAUGUCUCGGCGCUAUCUAAAACCAAACUAAGAUGUGUUGUUUAUAAAAGUCACCUUUUCCCUCUCAUUUACCUUACGAGGUAGUUGCGAAUUAUUUUUCUAUGUGUACUCGAUGAAAAACAAUGUGUAUAUAUAUGUACAAGUAUAU